UGCUCUGUUUCCUCGAUGCGCGUGUGCCGAUGUGCCAGGCCAUGCUGCAGGGAGCAAACCACGAGAUCAUGCUUGCAGCGGUCCCAAACGACACCCCCGCCCCACUCGCCCAAGCACCACGCACUAGCUGACCUUGGCAGGCACCGCUGCUUCGGGUAUAUAAGACUGUUCAAGACUCAAGUUGGGCGCAGUUCGAUUCAUCAUCAUCCUCGUCCCCGUCCACUACAUCGGCGCAUCAUGAGGGCUCUGGUUGCAUUGGCAGUGCUGGGCGUCUGCUCGGCUUUCCCAGUAAUCCCUGACGACCCUCUAGUAGCGGCAGAGAAGGAAAGAUUCCUCACCACCUUCAAGAUCAUCGAGGAAGUAUCACAACCCAGGGGAGAUUCACUAGCAUCCCGCUCUGCGGAUGUGUAUGUAGUCCCUCCUCCUCAGCCUAAGUGGACGGGACCCCUUGCUUCAAAAGUUCCCGCCGGCCUUCCUGGAUCAAGUCCCUUCGUGUCAGACACUGCUGAUGUGAUGAAUGCCAAAGGGCAUUUUUUCAACACAUACAACUCCCAAGUCAUAGCCACUCGACCCCGCCCUGGCUCUCCCCACAACUACUAUUCUGAGCCCGGUCCUGCACCUAAGGCACCUGCACCCACUAGAGCUCCCGUAGCUCCCGUAUUCAUCCCUGCAGGCCCUAUCUACGUCCCCGAAACUCCCCAAAAGAAAUGGUACGGUCCUCUGGCCUCUGAUAUCCCCGCCAGCCUCCCAGGCUCCUCCCCUGUUGUCUUCGACACUCCCGAAGUCAAUAACGCUAAGGCUCAUUUCUUCAACACCUACAGGCAACAGGUCAAGGCCGUGGUUCCCAGACGAUUCUCCCUUUAAGUAGUCGUGCUGCGAUGACUGGCUGUUUCACAAAAAAAAUACGUAAAGUGUGACGUUAUAUCAUCGUCAUUGGCAUUCAUCAGUACUCCUCUCUACCUUUUUCAAUGUCUUUCUCUCAUUCAUCUCUUCUUACAUGAUGAAUUUCACUUCAGCUAAUUUUGUGAUUUAGUCUCAUCUCAUCCUGUGUCAGUUUUCAUUCUGCCAACCUGACUGUCUACUUAUCUUUCCCACGCAUGAUAUGAAAUCGACAAUACUGUAUAAUAAACUUAAGAAACAUUC